GAAGAGAAGGGAAGAAAGACCAUUCAUCAUCCAUUGAUCUGAUGGAGAACCAAGUUGACAUAGAGAAUGAUGGAGGGAUGAUUGAAGAAGAGAAAUUUGAUUUGGAGAGAAAUUUUUCAACAAUUUCAGAGAGUGGUAGUAUAAGAGUGCCUUUGCUCAAAUCGAAGAGCAGAGUCAACAAUACCUCCCAAAUCGCUAUUGUUGGAGCCAAUGUUUAUCCCAUUGAAAGCCUCGACUAUGAUAUUGUAGAAAAUGACCUUUUCAAGCAAGACUGGAGAUCUAGGAAAAAGGUUGAGAUAUUUCAAUAUAUAUUUCUCAAAUGGACUCUUGUGCUCCUUAUUGGAUUGAGUACUGGACUUGUUGGUUUCUUUAAUAACAUAGGAGUGGAAAAUAUUGCUGGUUUCAAGCUUCUUCUCACUAGCAACUUAAUGCUUGACGGAAAGUAUUUCCAGGCAUUUGCUGCUUUUGCCGGUUGCAAUGUGUUUUUUGCAACUUGUGCCGCAGCCCUCUGUGCAUUUAUUGCACCUGCAGCUGCAGGCUCUGGUAUACCUGAAGUAAAAGCAUAUCUAAAUGGUAUCGAUGCUCAUUCCAUUUUGGCUCCAACUACAUUACUUGUCAAGAUCUUUGGAUCCAUUUUGGGUGUUUCUGCUGGAUUUGUUGUUGGCAAGGAAGGACCCAUGGUCCAUACUGGUGCUUGCAUAGCAAACUUACUUGGACAGGGGGGUUCCCGAAAGUAUCAUUUAACUUGGAAAUGGCUAAAAUACUUCAAAAACGACCGUGAUCGUAGGGAUUUGAUCACUUGUGGUGCCGCUGCUGGUGUUGCAGCUGCUUUCCGUGCCCCAGUUGGAGGAGUUCUUUUUGCUCUUGAGGAAAUAGCAUCAUGGUGGCGAAGUGCUUUACUUUGGAGGACUUUCUUCACAACUGCCAUCGUUGCUAUGGUUCUCAGAUCUCUCAUACAAUUCUGUCGCGGUGGGAACUGUGGACUAUUUGGGCAAGGAGGUUUGAUAAUGUUUGAUGUCAAUUCAGGAGUAUCUAAUUACAACACAAUAGAUGUAUUGGCACUUAUCUUUAUUGGAGUACUUGGAGGUCUUCUGGGAAGCCUUUAUAACUAUCUUGUCGACAAGGUCCUUCGGACUUACGCCGUCAUUAAUGAGAGAGGUCCUGCUUUCAAGAUCUUGCUUGUCAUGAGUGUUUCUAUCCUGACUUCUUGUUGCUCUUAUGGCCUACCAUGGUUUGCAGGGUGCAUUCCAUGUCCUGUAGGCUUGGAGGAAAAGUGCCCAACUAUAGGUCGCUCUGGAAACUACAAGAAUUUCCAGUGUCCAGCAGGGCAUUACAAUGAUCUUGCAUCACUCUUUCUGAACACCAAUGAUGAUGCCAUCCGCAAUUUGUUUAGUUCAAAUAAUUCAAAUGAAUUUCACAUCUCUACUCUUCUAAUCUUCUUUGCUGGUGUAUAUUGCCUUGGCAUUAUAACAUAUGGAAUUGCUAUUCCUUCUGGACUCUUCAUUCCUGUCAUACUUGCUGGAGCCUCCUAUGGGCGUAUAUUUGGUAGAGCCUUGGGUUCGUUGUCCAAUCUUAAUGUUGGUCUGUUUUCGCUACUUGGUGCUGCCUCUUUCCUUGGUGGUACCAUGAGAAUGACAGUAUCAAUAUGUGUCAUACUCCUUGAGCUUACAAACAAUCUACUAAUGCUUCCAUUGGUGAUGCUUGUUCUCCUCAUAUCAAAAACUGUGGCUGAUAUUUUUAAUAAGGGUGUCUAUGACCAGAUUGUGAAAAUGAAAGGUUUGCCUUUCUUGGAAGCACAUGCUGAACCAUUUAUGAGGAAUUUGGUUGCCGGAGAUGUCUGUUCUGGGCCAUUAUUGUCAUUUUCAGGUGUGGAGAAGGUGGGGAACAUAGUACAUGCUUUGAAGUAUACUAGGCAUAAUGGCUUUCCUGUGAUUGAUGAGCCACCUUUCUCAGAGACACCAGAGUUAUGUGGGCUUGUUCUACGGUCACAUUUACUUGUUUUGCUCAAUGGAAAGAAAUUCACGAAACAACGUGUAUUGAGUGCCUCCAAUAUUUUGAGUAGGUUUCAUGCAUUUGAUUUUGCUAAGCCAGGAUCAGGUAAGGGGCUUAAGUUUGAGGAUCUCGUCAUCACGGAAGAGGAGAUGGAAAUGUAUAUUGAUCUCCAUCCUAUAACAAAUACAUCCCCAUACACAGUAGUGGAGACCAUGUCUCUGGCCAAAGCUGCAAUCCUUUUCCGACAACUUGGUCUUAGACACUUAUGUGUUGUCCCAAAGAAAACUGGGAGGGCUCCAAUCGUCGGAAUCUUAACAAGGCAUGACUUCAUGCAUGAGCAUAUAUCUAACCUCUACCCGCAUCUUGUCCCCCACAAGUAGCCAGAGAAGUUUGCUCGUUCCAUAGGCAAAUAAGCAGCCUAUUGUGCAUUACUAUUCCUUAUUUCUAUAUUUCCAGAAUCACUUUCAUUGUAAUUCUUUUGGUUUGAUUUUUGUACAAACUACAAAUGCACUGAUUUUCUCGUAUCAAGCUUGUGGUCUUGCUUAGGGGUGGAAAAUGGGUUGGUUGUGCUGAAGUUGCGGUUCAACAUGAGUUGAACCAACAGAUGGACCAAUGUACAACCCUGUCCAAAGCUUGCUUGGGCUAAGAUGAACUGAGUCAUGAUGAACUGUGGGUCAUAAUCCAACCAUUUCAAUUUGAUUUGUUUUUUUUUCUUUCCUCUUAGAGAUAUUGCUCUCUUUGUCUCAAUUUAUGUGACACCGUUUAUGAAAAAAAACUUUUAAAACUUGUGAUCUAAAACAAGUUUUAACUUGUGGUUAUAUAUAAUUUCAUGAAAGGUAAAGGGGUGAUUAUAAA